ACCCCAGAACUCCAGAACCCAGACCCCAGACCCCAGUCCUGUCCACAGGCCUUAGUCCUCAGUCCCCAGUUCCAGGCCCCAGUGGGCCCAGUCCCAGUCCCCACUAACCCCAAGUGCCCGACUCCCCGGUCUCUGAAAACAAAUGCAUGA